AUGUCGACCACCGUAGGCGGUUUCGCCGCAGGCGCUCUGGCAGCUUGCGGAGCCGUCACAGUCACCCACCCGGCCGAGGUGCUCAAGAUCCGACAGCAGCUGCAGGGCGAGCUGCAAACCAAAGGCGCCCAGCCGCAGUACUAUCGCGGCCCCAUCCACGGCAUCAGCGUCAUCGUCAAGAACGAGGGCAUCAAGGGCAUCUACCGCGGUCUGGGCGCCGCCUACGUCUACCAGGUGCUGCUCAACGGCUGCCGCCUCGGCUUCUACGAGCCCAUACGCAAGUCGCUCGCCACGCUGUUCCUCAAGAACGAGAACGCGCAGAACCUGGGCAUCAACGUCUUCGCCGGCGCCUCGUCCGGCAUCCUCGGUGCGGCUGCUGGCAGUCCCUUCUUCCUCGUCAAGACCCGUCUGCAGAGCUUCUCGCCCGUGCGGCCCGUGGGCACGCAGCACAACUACCGGAAUGCCUGGGAUGGACUGAGACAAAUCUAUCGUGGCGAGGGCUUCUUGGGCCUGUACCGCGGCAUCACGGCGGCCAUGGUUCGAACGGGCUGCGGCUCUUCGGUCCAGCUGCCCACGUAUUUCCUAGCAAAGAGACAGCUGGUCAAGCACGCCGGCAUGGAGGAGGGCCCAGCUCUGCAUCUCAGCAGCAGCGCUGUCAGCGGCUUCGUUGUGUGCUGCUUCAUGCACCCCCCUGAUACCAUCAUGUCUCGUCUGUACAACCAGCACGGCAACCUCUACAGCGGCAUCUUCGACUGCCUCGGAAAGACGAUCCGAACCGAAGGAAUCUUUGCCAUCUACAAGGGCUUCAUCCCUCACCUGGCCCGAAUUCUCCCCCACACCAUCUUGACUCUCUCCUUGGCCGAACAAACCGCCAAGCUCGUCAGAAAGGUUGAGCACCGCGUCCUGCCCAUGCUAGGGUAUGAGGAAGGGCGCCUAUAA